ACGUGCCCCGCGGGAGCCCGGGCACCGCCCCCGACGCGACCGGCGCGCCGAGUCCGCGGUGGGGAGUUGUUGCUGUUGCGAUGCUGGUGGCGGCGGCCGCGGAGCGGAACAAGGAUCCCAUCCUGCACGUGCUGCGGCAGUACCUGGACCCGCCCCAGCGCGGCGUCCGCGUACUCGAGGUGGCCUCGGGCUCCGGCCAGCACGCGGCGCACUUCGCGCGGGCCUUCCCCUUGGCCGAGUGGCAGCCGUCGGACGUGGACCAGCGCUGCCUGGACAGCAUCGCGGCCACCACGCAAGCCCAGGGGCUGACCAACGUGAAGGCCCCGCUGCACCUGGACGUGACGUGGGGCUGGGAGCACUGGGGCGGGAUCCUGCCACAGUCGCUGGACCUGUUGCUCUGCAUCAACAUGGCCCAUGUCAGCCCCCUGCGCUGCACGGAGGGGCUCUUCAGAGCAGCAGGACACCUGCUCAAACCCAGGGCCCUGCUCAUCACCUACGGGCCCUAUGCCAUCAAUGGGAAGAUCUCCCCCCAGAGCAACGUGGACUUUGACCUGAUGCUCAGAUGCAGGAACCCGGAAUGGGGGCUUCGGGACACAGCCCUCCUGGAGGACCUGGGACAGGCCAGUGGCCUGCUCCUGGAGAGGAUGGUAGGUGGGGGAGCGGGGGCCCAGGCAACCUACCUAGGGGUUGAGGACCGUCCUCCAGCAAAGCGUUUCUCCAGGUGGACAUGCCAGCCAACAACAAAUGCCUGAUCUUCCGGAAAAACUAAGCCCCUCCUUCACCCCAGCACAUGUGCAUCCCUGCCGGAGGCUCUGUGAGGCACGAACCCUGCCUCCCUAGGCCGGACCUUGUGGAGGACAGCCCCACCCAGUCUGUGCUCUCAGCCGGUGGCCGAAGGGCCCAGCCUGCUCAGAAUAAAGCAUGUCCUGCUGCCGGC